AUAAUUGAUUAUAAAUAAUGAUAUGUGUCAGCAUUGAUUUGGUUCCAACUUGUACCCUCAUCUGUCAUCACAUCAUCAUCACUUUCGCCACCUUCACUCACUCGAUUCGAUUUUCUGCAACCACCGUUAGUUUCAUACACAACACAACCCUUCUCUUCUUCACCAAAAACCCCUUUUCUCAAUUCAUUCCCCUAAGCUUCAAAAAUCUCUCUUUUUUCGCUGAUCCUUUAACUUCAAGGCUUUGUUGCUGUUGGUGCCUUCGAGUUUUGCAGAUCCCGGCAUUUGGGAUUGGCCAGCUGAAAUUGGAAAUGGUUAAAAGUUAUGGAGUUUUCCGAUUUUGAGCUGCAAGAGAUAUUAUCAUGUUGCAGUGCAUAGAGGGAAUUAAGCAUUUGUGUGCUCCUCUAUUGCGGUGUUGUGACCUUGAUUUAUAUAAGCAGACAACAGGCCUUGACGAUCCUGAAAUCCUCGCGAGGGAGACAGUGUUUAGUGUAAGUGAAAUUGAAGCACUUUAUGAGCUCUUUAAAAAGAUCAGUAGUGCUGUGAUUGACGAUGGGCUGAUCAACAAGGAAGAGUUUCAAUUGGCAUUAUUCAAGACUAAUAAAAAAGAGAGUUUGUUUGCUGAUCGGGUAUUUGAUUUGUUUGACACAAAGCACAAUGGGAUACUUGGUUUUGAAGAGUUUGCUCGUGCUCUCUCCGUUUUCCACCCAAAUGCCCCUAUUGAUGAAAAGAUCGAGUUUUCCUUUCAAUUGUAUGAUCUCAAGCAGCAGGGUUUUAUUGAAAGGCAAGAGGUGAAGCAAAUGGUAGUUGCUACACUUGCUGAAUCUGGAAUGAACCUAUCAGAUGAUGUUAUAGAGAGUAUAAUCGACAAGACAUUUGAGGAAGCUGAUACAAAGCAUGAUGGCAAGAUUGACAAGGAGGAAUGGAGAAACCUUGUUAUGCGCCAUCCAUCACUUCUGAAGAACAUGACCCUUCAAUAUCUAAGGGACAUCACCACAACAUUCCCAAGCUUUGUAUUCCAUUCACAAGUAGACGAUACUUGAAGCUUAAGAUUUUUUUUUGAGAGAUUAAGUUUAUUUACUUGGUCAUAUUUCCUGUGGUUUCAUUUAUGUAAAAAAGGAUAAUGCAGAGAGAAAUUUGCCAUACAUUUGUUACUUUUCUUUCAUGAUGAUAUUUGGUUUUGGUGUUAA